CAGAACGGCCACUUAUCUAUGAUGGAAAAGGUGGACAGAGAGGAGGUAUGUGCAGCUGUUGUCAAAUGUAUUCUAAAUUUUGAAAUCCUUGUAAAGCAUCCGAUGAACAUUUACAAAGGGGAGGUAGAAAUACUGGAUAUUAACGAUAAUUCUCCCAAUUUCCCAGAAAGCAGCAGUAUCUUAGAAAUCAGCGAGUAUACUGCACCAGGUGCACGUUUCCCGUUAGAAAAAGCUCACGAUCCCGAUAUAGGAGUGAACUCUUUACAGAAUUACAAAUGUAGCCAGAGUAAUUACUUCAGCUUGGAUGUGAAAAACGGAGAUGACGGUGUCAAAUACCCGGAAUUAAUAUUAGUGAAAUCUUUGGAUCGGGAAGAACAGGCUGUUCAUAACUUGAUCCUGACAGCCACAGACAGUGGGAGUCCGGUGAAAUCAGGAUCGACAGCAAUCCAAAUAAUUGUUUUAGAUGGAAAUGACAAUGCUCCAGAAUUUACUCAGUCUGUGUAUAAGGUGACUGUGAGAGAAGACGUGGCCGUGGGAAGUCGUGUGUUACAGGUGACAGCAACUGACAGAGAUGAGGGGCCAAACGCCGAGGUGAAGUACUCGUUCUUCAAAAUACCGGAGAAAUUCGAAAAAACUUUUAAACUGGAUGCAGAAAGCGGGGAAAUUGAGAUAACAGAGAAGCUGAAUUUCGAAGAACACGAGUUUUACGAAUUCGUUGUGCAAGCUCGAGAUGCGGGUGGACUCUCUUCCCACAGCAAGGUACUUAUCAAGGUUGCUGACGUCAACAACUACGCCCCUGAGAUUGUCGUUAUGUCCGUGUUCAGCGCAGUUCCAGAAGAUACACCUCUGGGGACAGUCAUCGCUAUUUUCAGUGUCCAAGACAGGGACACCGGGGCCAAUGGCGAAGUGCGGUGCAGCAUCACCGAGACCCUGCCGUUCCACCUUGAGAAGUCAUUCGAUAAUUACUACCGCGUGGUGACUGCAGGCCUGCUAGACAGAGAGAAGGCGUCGGAGUACAACGUGACG